CCGAACAAUUUGCUUCGCAGUUUCUUGGAAAUUUGAUGACCUUUCCCAUUAUUUAAUUUGAUGAUUUCUAGUUGGAAAAAUUUAGUGUAUACAAAACAUUUUAGAUAUAAUCUUUAGUAGACAUCAAAAUUGUUAUUAGGCUUAGUUUUUACCAACUGACGUAGGGCCGAAUUUACAGAUAUUUAAAUCAAAUUGGAACCGACUGUCAUGGCGCUGAAGGUGUCUGCAAGUUUAUCUCGAGUAGUUCAGUUUGUUGCUACACAAGUUUUGAGAGGAGGGAAAACAAACAAAAGUAUUUUCACCAGAUUUAAACCAGAAAUCCAAUCUAGCUCGUUUUUCCACACUACAAGGAAAAACAAUGAUUUGAUGGAAUUUUUUGAUGCUACAGAAGAUUUGGAAGAUGGAGCUGUUGCCUGUGGUAGACCAUGGAGAAAAGAUGAAUUACGAAUCAAAAGCAAUGAAGAUCUGCACAAGUUAUGGUAUAUUCUUCUAAAAGAAAGAAAUAGAAUAAUGACACUUGAAUCUGAGUUAGAAAGACAAGGAUUGUACAUGACAGAUGCAUGGAGAAUGGAUAAAGUAGAGGUAAGCAUGGAGAACCUGUUAACUGUGGUGAAAGAGAGAGACAUUGCUCUAAAUAUGUUGGAAACAGGUCUGAGUGGUGAGCCCUGUGAGGUUACGGCACGUAACGCCCUGGGAAUCAAGUACCGACGUGUGGAGUCGGAGCACCUAGUGCCCAAAUACAUGAACAGAAAGUACAAAUUAUUGCAUUCAAAAUACGAGCCCUGGAUGGCCCAGUGGAUCUUGAAAUAUGAGGAAGUGAAACGAGUGAAGCAGGAAAAGAGAGAGAAAUAUUACAAAUACCAAGCUAAAAUGCUACAGAAAAACUAUGGAAUCUCCGAAAAAGAGGCAAUCAGGUCAAUUAAUUAUAUCAGACAAAAAAGCAAGAAAAUGCGAGAUUUCUCUGUCUAAUUUUUAAAAUAAAACUUGUCAAUCCAGUU